UUCUUCGCUCCGCCUCCGGGAGAGGCGAGAUGGAUCCGGACGGCGGCGGCUCCACAGCCGUUCCGACGCCAUCGGCAUCAACCGCAGGUGCGGCGGCGGUGGAGGAAGGCGGCGGGAAGCAGGUGCUGGUGGUCCUUGUGGGUCCCCCCGGCAGCGGCAAGUCCACCUUCGCCGAGGCCAUCCUGGGUGGCUCCGGUGCUGGCCGCCACUGGGCUCGCGUCUGCCAGGAUACGAUCGGAAACGGAAAAGCUGGAACAAAAAUACAGUGCUUGAAGGCUGCAGCAGAUGCUCUGAAGGAGGGCAAGAGUGUUCUCCUUGACCGUUGCAACUUGGAACGAGAGCAGCGCGCUGACUUUCUGAAGCUUGGCAGCCAUGUCCAUGUGGAUGUGCAUGCUGUUGUCUUGGAUCUCCCUGCAAAAGUUUGUAUAUCGCGCUCAGUAAACCGGAGGGGCCAUGAAGGAAACCUGCAGGGUGGGAUGGCUGCCAUGGUUGUGAACCGCAUGCUGAAGAAGAAGGAAACACCAUUGCUGACUGAAGGUUUCUCUCGUAUAAUGUUCUGUAAAGAUGACAAUGAGAUUAAAAAGGCGGUCGAUAUGUAUAAUGCAUUAGGGCCUUCAGAUUGUCUUGAUCCUGGAAUUUUUGGUCAGACUACCAAAGGGCCUAUACAAGUUGGGAUAAUGAAAUUUCUAAAGAAACCAGAGAGUUCUGAAAAAUCCAGUGGACCUAAGGUGACACCAAGUGAAAGCAUGCCACAGAUGCAAAAUCAUUUUUCAAAACAGAAAACCCUUGAAGCUGGUGGUACCUGCCCAGUGGAAGGUGAAAACAAUAAGAAGAAAAUUGAAGAGCAAAGUAGAGAGAGCAUUCCAUCGGAUAUCAGUUCUCGCACUCUGGCAUUUCCAUCAAUUUCUACUGCUGACUUUCAGUUUGAUCUUGACAGAGCAUCGGAUAUUAUAGUAGAUGCAGUGUCUAUUGUCUUGCAGAAAUAUGAUAAUAUACGAUUAGUUCUUGUAGACCUAAGCCAGAGAUCAAGAAUACUGUCAUUGGUCAAGGACAAGGCUGCUAAGAAGAACAUUAACUCAAGCAGGUUUCUAACUUUUGUCGGAGAUAUCACUCAGCUGCACUCAAAAGGAGGCCUUCGAUGUAAUGUGAUUGCUAAUGCUGCAAACUGGAGGUUAAAACCUGGAGGCGGAGGGGUUAAUGCAGCAAUAUACAAUGCUGCUGGGGAAGAUUUACAUCGUGCAACCAAAGAGUGCGCUGACACAUUGAGACCUGGGAGCUCUGUCACUGUCCCACUCCCAUCAACUUCUCCUCUUCAUCAAAGGGAAGGUGUGACCCAUAUCAUACAUGUGCUUGGGCCAAACAUGAACCCAAUGCGACCGGAUUGUCUGAAGAAUGACUAUACUAAAGGUUCUAAGAUUCUUCAUGAAGCAUAUACUUCACUUUUUGAGAGUUUUGUAGCCAUUGCCCAUAAUAGCUGCAUAGAGAAGCAGAACACUGAGCCUGUUUUAGAAAAGCCAGUGACUGGAGUGACAUCACCCACUGAUUUAAAAAUGAAGCGAGGGUGCAGCUAUGAUUCUGAGAGGACCAAAAAACACAAGUUGGUUCAACCUAAUAUACCCUCAAAUCAGGCUAGAGAGGGAGACAACAAGAGGAGUGGUGUUACUAGUACUAAGACUUGGGGAUCCUGGGCCCAAGCUCUUUACGAGCUUGCGAUGCACCCAGAAAAUUACAAGAACUCUGAUUCUAUCCUGGAGAUAUCUGAUGACUUCGUUGUUCUGAAUGACCUCUACCCCAAGGCCAAAAGGCAUGUUUUGAUUGUAUCUAGGAGGGAUGGUCUUGAUUCUCUAGCAGAUGUCAAGAAAGAACACUUACCUUUGCUGAGGACAAUACAUUCAGCUGGAGUCAAAUGGGCACAGAAGUUCCUAGAGGGAGAUUCAUCUUUGGUAUUCAGACUCGGAUACCAUUCGGUUCCAUCCAUGCGGCAAUUGCACCUGCACAUCAUAAGCCAGGACUUCAACUCUAGUAGUUUGAAAAACAAGAAACACUGGAACUCCUUCACCACGACGUUUUUCCUUGAUUCUGUUGAUGUCAUCGAAGAAAUCAACCAGCAUGGAUCAGCAAAUAUCAGCAGCGACGACAGGGUGCUGGCAAUGGAGCUUCGAUGCCACAGAUGCAGGAGUGCCCAUCCGAAUAUCCCAAAGCUCAAAUCCCACAUUGCAAAUUGUAAAUCUUCAUUUCCUUACCAUCUUCUGCAGAAAGACAGGCUGUUGUCAUCGUCGACAAUGCAUAUGGAUUGCAGUUAGAAACUUGGCAACCCAUGGUCCUUCCAAGCACAUUUUGCAUUUCGUGCUUUUAGAAGGAUAUGAUAUGAAUGCCACUAGUUAUGUCUGCCUUGCAGAAUCCUGCCUUGUGAUCAAACUGCAGUUUAUUUGAGGUUCUUUGUUCUAAAGAAAAGUUCUGGAAUGCUGCAAAUCUCAGUCAAAAUCUACGCUCUCUAAUACAAUAUUUGGUAACCGGGACUUUGUAGAGUUGUAGUAAGAAGAGACUGACUGGCUGAAGAGAAAGCGCUCAUUCGAUCGGUCUCUUUCGGACUACAAGUUGUAAAGAACAAGCUUAAGUGGUUCAGUUAAAACGAACACCGCAUGUGGUUUAAUAUUUUUAUAAA